AUUCUGCUGCUUAUCCGGGGAUGUCACACCGCUGCUAUUUUCUCCCCUCAGUCCCUCUCACUCUCAGCCUACAGCUCAAGCGGACUGACACGGGGCUUUGGAUAGAAAGAACGAACAAUAAGAUACAAAACAGAGGCCAAAAUGGCAGAGCUUGGAGCGGGAAGCCUGCCGUUAGGGGAUCCUGUUUUUAAUUACCAGGAACACGAACUGAACGAGCGACUGAAACGGCUCUACCCGGCUGUGAACGAGGAAGAGACCCCUUUACCCCGAUCCUGGAGCCCCAAGGAUAAAUACAGCUACAUUGGGCUGUCACAGAACAACCUGCGGGUCCAUUACAAAGGCCAUGGUAAGAACCACAAGGAUGCAGCAUCAGUGCGAGCCACACACCCGAUCCCUGCUGCCUGUGGGAUCUACUACUUUGAAGUCAAGAUUGUCAGCAAAGGUCGAGACGGGUACAUGGGCAUUGGCCUGUCUGCCCAGGGAGUCAACAUGAACAGACUGCCUGGAUGGGACAAGCACUCAUACGGUUACCAUGGAGAUGAUGGCCACUCCUUCUGCUCCUCCGGGACUGGCCAACCAUACGGCCCAACAUUUACCACAGGGGAUGUGAUUGGCUGCUGCGUUAACCUCAUCAACAACACUUGCUUUUACACCAAAAAUGGCAUCAGUUUAGGUGUAGCCUUCACAGACCUCCCUCCCAACCUGUACCCUACUGUGGGGCUUCAAACUCCGGGCGAGAUCGUAGACGCUAACUUUGGCCAGCAGCCAUUUGUCUUCGACAUCGAGGACUACAUGAGCGAAUGGCGGGCUAAGAUCCAUGGCAUGAUCGCUCGCUUCCCCAUAGGAGAGAGGCUGGGGGAGUGGCAGGCCGUCCUGCAGAAUAUGGUUUCCAGCUAUCUGGUGCAUCAUGGGUACUGUGCCACUGCAACAGCCUUCGCCAGAGCCACAGAGACCAUGAUACAAGAGGACCAGACAUCUAUAAAGAACAGACAGAGAAUACAGAAGCUGGUGCUGGCAGGACGGGUGGGUGAAGCCAUAGAGGCUACUCAGCAGCUUUAUCCCGGCCUGUUAGAACACAACCCCAACCUACUAUUCAUGUUGAAGUGUCGUCAGUUUGUGGAGAUGGUGAACGGUACAGACAGCGAGGUUCGCUGCUUGACCAUUCGCUCUCCUAAGUCCCAGGACAGUUACCCUGGCUCACCCAGCCUCAGCCCCCGCCACGGAGCCAGCAACACACACCUGCACACCGGAGGAGCAGACAGUCCAACCUGCAGUAACGGAGUGACUCCCCCCAACAAGUCAAAGAGCCACAGUGGCACUGGCAGCAGCAGCGUCAAAUACCCCAGCGUGUCCUCCUCCGCCUCCUCUUCCACCUCCUCCUCCCCUUCUUCCGUCAACUACUCCGAGUCCAACUCCUCAGACUCCACUAAGAGUCAGCCACACAGCGCCAACAGCACCCAGGAAACCAGUGACAGUGAGAUGGAGAUUGAGGCAGAGCACUAUACCAACGGGGUUGUCGAGGGCUCCUCAGCGCGGAUCAUGAAUGGCACAUACAAACACGAAGAGAUCCUUCAGCCGGACGACAACAGCAUUGGCAAUGGAGUCACAGCAGAUGAGGGUUGUAGUAAUGGCAGACAGCUUUGUGGAGGGAACCAGGCAGCCACAGAGAGGAUGAUCCAGUUUGGACGGGAGCUGCAGGCGCUCAAUGAACAGCUGUGCCGCGAGUACGGCAAGAACGCCACGCACAAGAAGAUGUUACAGGAUGCAUUCAGCCUGCUAGCGUACUCUGACCCGUGGAACUGCCCCGUGGGCCAGCAGUUAGACCCUACGCAGAGAGAAUCCCUCUGCUCUGCACUCAACAGCGCCAUACUGGAGUCCCAAAAUCUGCCUAAGCAGCCUCCGUUGAUGUUAGCGCUCGGCCAGGCCACAGAGUGUGUUCAGCUCAUGGCCCGAGUCCGGUCUGGUUCCUGCUCCUUCGCCAGAGUAGACAACUUUUUGCACUAGCCCAGGUCCAGGUUAAUGUUAAGUAGCACUGAGAGAAGGCAUGUCCAGCAGGUAGUUGUCAUGGUGACGGAGGAAAGAGCAUGCGUGUGAUUGGUGUGUUUGGCUGUCCGUCAGACCGAGCCAGCGGCACAGAGGAGCAGAGGAGAGCGGGAGAGAAGAAAGCUUCCUUUUAAUUUAGUAUUAUCAAAUAAAGAAAUGUGUGACACUAUUUAAAGAUAAUUAAUUAUUAUUCUGUUUAUCUAGCCAUUUUUAUAGUUCAUUUUUUGUCAGUUUGUUGUGCUCAUCCUGGACAAAAAAAAUUGUAAAUCCCCCCCUUUUUAUUUUUUUCUUAUGUUUUAAUAAUGGGUGGAUUUUAAUUCCCUACGAUCAGUAUUUUACUCGCAUUGUUGUUGUUCACCAUAUCACAGACCACAGUACCCACAUCUGGUUACCACGGUGACCCCCAUGACUACAGGUCACAAAACCUGAGGUCUAUGAACAUCAUUUUUGUUAAGAUACAGAAGACAGACAGACUGAGUCCUUUACCCCAAAAAAUACAUAAAAAAAACAAUUGUGGAUUGUGUGGAGCAGAUCAUUAGCUCUGGUCAAGGCUGAUGUGACACAGUCGUAAAAACAACCACUGAUAUAAAAUAGAAAAUAGACUGAUGUGAGAAAAGUGGUUCCCUGAAUUAUUCCAGAAAGUUGGAAAUAAAAAUUAAGUAAGGGAAUGCUUCAAAUAUAAAAGACUUUGCACCAUAGACACAUAAUGAAAAAAAAACAUCAUCCUUGGAAAAAACAUACUUGAAGGGUCUCUGUAGUGGAGAACCAGGGAGAAAUGGUGAUGACAAGGCAUUUAAUUGGAAUAUUAGAGGUGUUGGACCCUUAAUUUUAGUGUAACAACCACAGCAUCGUCCAAUCAGUGAUGUCGUUGCAGGUGGCAGAGCUCAGCAGCAGCUGCAGCUCCAACACCUGCUCUCCAGACCCAACAUAACACUGUUAUCAUGGUCGCCUUGAUGCCAGCAUAAAGAAAAUCAGUUUCAAAGGCAGACUAACAAGCACAGUGUGUGGACGGCCAAAAGUCACCCCUGGGGAUUUCAUUACUUUUUUUUUCUCACAUUGUCCACUGCCUUUCCUGCGCUGUGCAUAUGCUGUCGCAAUUACAGUUUUCAAAAAAAGAGUUGAAAUAAUUUGCCAAACCAGAAGAUUUUUUUUUUCUUCAGGGUGAUAAUUGUGAUUGUGAUAAGUAAGCCACAAUAUUUCUUUCAUUUGGGGCAUUUGAUUUCAAACCUCUCAAAGGUUAUUAGGCCAGCUGUGUGUGUGUUGGAACAGGGCUUUUUCCCCCAACUCAGAUCCCUCCAUUUCACCCAUAAACUUCACUUGACUAUAUCCUACCCGCUAUUGAAGAGGAGGACAUAGACAAGUUUAUUUCUGUGACCCACAACCACAUGUUUGUCCCAACUUUUUAUUGUUCAGUUUUUCCCAUUAGAUGAAACCACAGUGCUCCUGUUUAUGGAAUCAGAUCAGUUGUACAAAAAAACACAGAUACCACUUCUAGCCCCCAACAGCAUGAAAUUACAGCUACAGCAUCUUUUGACAACCACCUCUUGCUGACAGUCAGGUUGUAUUGAGCCUCAAAUGUUAAAUAUUAAAGGUCAAGUGUGUAGGAUUUAGUGACAUCUAGUGGUGAGAUUGCAGAUCUCCUUUCAUGUGUGUCAAGAAUAUGGGAGAGCUACGGUGGCCAAUGCGGAAACACAAACAUCCCUGUCUAGAGCCAGUGUUUGGUUGUUUGUUCUGUGCUACUGUAGGACAACAUGGCGGACUCCAUGGAAGAUGUCCCGCUUAGUAUAGAGACAACAAUUCUUAGUUUCAGGUGAAUAUAAAAAUUAGUUAUGAAUAUUAUAUUUCAUUGAUGCCAGUUUAUCUCCCUAUAUCCUCCACAUUGGACCUUUUCAGUGACUGAAUAAUACAUUUUGAAAUAAAUAUCAUUUGAAUAAAUGGAGUAAAAAUUAUAUAAUUGAACCAAUAAAUUGUGAAAUAAUACAGUCCAUAUGCUGGUCUAUAGAGUGUUCCAGGGAUGACAUCUUUCUGUAGGCCAACAAGGAAGUAAGCGUUGCUCUCGUCCCCUUGUCAAAAAGCCUAUGGAAUUUUGGAUUAUUGCAGAAAAAAACUCUGUGGGUAACUAAUACUUACAGCAAGAUACAACAAGAUAAUCGUCACAAAUGAACGCCACGUUUAUGAUUUUUGGAGCCUAAAUGCAAUCAGCAAACACAAAAAGCUAACGUUUUGCUAUAAACAAACUACAUGUCGCAGGAAUUAUAUGUUGCUGCCACAACUAGGCUGUAAAGCCAUGGUCGGCAUGAUGACGUUUGGUUUAGCCACUUGUUAGCAACCGUCUUUUUUAAGACGCAUAAAAGCUUUAUAAUUGAGGAGUGGGGUAUUAACUGACAUAUUUCAGUUCAAGUGUGAGAAUCUGUUGAGCUUGUGUUAACCACAGACUUUAUUUCAGGCAUCUAACCAAAAACCCAUUUACUUUGAGACGAGGAAAUCAGGAGUCCUAAAAUUAUAACUCUUUUCCAGGGUUUGCAGGUCCCCAGUAAUGCUGCUCAGCCUUGCAGCCAGUUUUUCCCCAGUGGCCACUUGCGGUAUUGCAGCAAAAAAAAAAAAAAAAUUCCCUGCAUUUUCCCCACUACUGCAUAUAUUCAAUGGGAAGGAUACUGCAGAAGUAAACUCAGGAGCUUGAAAACUUUUUCGUCAUAUGCACAAGAUGGCAUAAGCACCAUCUUGCCAUAUAGUGUCUAGGUUGUAUUAUUAAUCUAUGAAAAAGUCCCACUCCGUACAUAGAUAUAAAAGGCUCAUUCUAAGAUAACAACAAGACGAAUCUUAGUGUCAGGUGAUUAUAAACUAAUGAAAACAAUUAUGUUUCAUUCCUGCCAAUUUAUCCCCCUAAAUCUGCCAAAAUUUAGCUAGCACCUAUUAGCUGAUAGAUAACUUACUAGCUAGUAACUAACUUACUAGCAACUUAGUCAUUUUUAAUAAACCAACUAGUUGCUGCUCUUUGACACACUGCACAGUAACUACUUGUUAGAUUUUUUUUUGUUUAACGUAACAAGGCUACAUAUGCUACCUACCUAGCCAGCUAACUCCAGGCUCGCUUGUGAGCUUGGGUUUAUUAUUUAGCAUCAAAGUGAAGAGCUAGUGUUAGCUGCAGUAGCUAACAUUGUCUGGUUAAUUCAGAGUACUUUAGACAGUGUUGUGAUUCUGGAAAUAUCCCUAACAUUAGCUCCUGAGUUGAGUUUUGAAAAUGUCUCAUAUUUCACAGUUCAUUGGCUCUCUUAAAUGUGUUUCAGAUUAUUUAUUUCACAAUGUGUUAUUUAUUUAUGUUAUAUUGGAGUUUAGUAUUGGAUUAUUAUUUUUGACAUUUUAUUAUAAUCAUCAGCUUUCUGUCUCUGUAUCUUAACAGAUGAUUGUUCAUUGCAAAAUUACAGAUUGGGCUCAACUUCACCUUAUGUCUAGACCAAUGAUUGGAUUUUGAUCACAAACCUGGUUUGUUCCACACCUUAGUUUUAUCUGAAACAUUUAGAGUCUUUUGUUUUUACACCAGACCUAUUUCCUACCAAAUAGCAAUGACUUAAUGUUGUCUGACCAGUGGCGAUCUGUCACUUUGGCUGCUUUGUUGUGACCUGGCAAAUGACUUGUGGAUCCAUCCUGAAGUGUAUAUUUCCAUUUAUAAGAGAAUUUCAGUCUAUGGUAGAGAAAUAUGGAAUGAUAUAAUACUGGAGAUGUGUAUAUGCAAUGUGGGGUUUACUACAGGGUAUGUGGACAAACUUUUUACCGAGUUGGUUUUUAUACAGACCUUCUGCUAUAAUAGGAACUAUUCUAAUAACCACACAUACAGUACACACACGACAUCUGCUUCUACAGCUGUAAAGGACUUCUGUUACACACACACACACACACACACACACACACACACACACACACACACACUUGUACGUGAAAGAACAACCUCUGUUGCAUACCUGUAGGGAACAAGUCUCCCAGCUGUCCUUUGUGUUUGAGCCUGGGCUGUGUCUCAGCACUGUUACCACGCACCCUUCCUCUAAUCCCUGCAUAGACAUAAGCACUGAUGUGAUCAGUGAUUGUUUCAAGGAAAGGAUGAAUGUGAACAGUUUUGGAAAUGGGCCCGAGGCCUCUGAAGCCUCAUGGACUUCUUGCAGAGAGGCCGGAGAAAUGGAUUUAGGCAUCGCAGACAAGCUGUGCACAAUUGACUUCUAUCAUGAUUUUAAUUUCAUAUUUUGACUUUUGAGUUUUAGCAAAAAAUAAAAAGUAAAAAAAAAACAAUUGUGAAAUGAGUUACCCUCUACUUAGCAUGACUUUUAAAACCUUUAAAAUGAUAUAAAAAAGGAAAAAUGAUAAUUGAAAAAAAAACCUAUGUACUGGAAACAUGUUAAAAAAGAAA